GUGCGCAUUAGCAGGGAUGCAUAAAGGCAGAGGACAGUACGCGCCCCUGGAUGCGAGCAGCUGAAGUCGCAGCCACUCCACUCCAUGUUUUGCCCUGCCCUUGCGCGCUCCGCUCGCUGUGCAGCGUGUGUCUCCGUUGCAUUUGGCUUUCCUCACGCCGACACGAACACAGGGGCUGCUGUGUGUGCGGGAGAAGUUGUUUGCACAGAGAGCACCAGGUAGCAACUGUCUUCUCCAAACGGAUUUGUUCAAGCUGGGAGCAAUCGGACUCGCCGGGGUGAAUCUUUUCUUUUUUUUUUUUUUUUUUACGAAAGGGGAAGAGACGCAGCUUUUUUGCAAUGAGGUGGACGUACCAGUAUCUAAAGUGAGGAGUGAUUUUUAUUUCUGGAUGUUUUGAUGAACAUCUGACAUCCUGCUCACUGGAGAAAUAUUUCAAUCAAGCCCUUCUUUUUUUAUUUGUUUUUUAUUUCUCUGACGGAGCUCGUAUUUCCCUGUGAAACACUAUCAAGGAUUUCACUGAUGUAUGCGAUGUGGAGACUGCAAGUCGCCUUAUGUACUCUGUCGGUGCUGCUGUCCCUGUCAUCUGCUGGUGAAAGCAAAGCGCGGAGCUGUAGCGAGGCUAGGCAAGCUUAUAACGCUAAAGGAUUCAGCCUCGUCAAUGUGCCUCAUCAGGAAAUAUCAGGUGAGCACCUGCGUGUCUGUCCUCAGGGAUACACCUGCUGCACAUCCGAGAUGGAGGACAAACUCAACCAGCAGAGCAAACUGGAGUUCGAGAACUUGGUCGAGGAGAGCAGCCACAAUAUGAGGACGACAUUUGUCUCGAGGCAUAAAAAGUUUGAUGAGUUUUUCUUGGAGCUGCUGGACAAUUCUGAGAAGUCUCUCAACAGUAUGUUCACACGGACGUACGGGAAACUGUAUAUGCAGAACUCAGAGGUGUUCCAGGACCUGUUCACUGAGCUGAAGCGCUACUACACGGGGGGCAAUGUCAACCUGGAGGAGAUGCUCAAUGACUUCUGGUCCAGGCUGCUGGAGCGCAUGUUCCAGUUACUCAACUCCCAGUACCACUUCACAGACGACUACCUGGAGUGCAUCAGUAAAUACACAGAUCAGCUGAAGCCCUUUGGAGACGUGCCCAGGAAACUGAAGGCCCAGGUCACCAGGGCCUUCAUCGCCGCACGGACGUUUGUCCAGGGGCUAAUGGUGGGUCGGGAGGUUGCCAACAGGGUCGCCAAGGUGAAUGUAGUUCCAGCAUGUGUCAGAGCCCUGACCAAGAUGCUGUACUGUCCAUACUGCCGUGGCAUGCCUGGCCUGAAACCCUGUCACAACUACUGUCACAACGUUAUGAGGGGCUGUCUGGCGAACCAGGCAGACCUUGAUGCUGAAUGGAACCUCUUCAUUGAUGCUAUGUUACUGGUGGCAGACAGACUGGAGGGACCCUUCAACAUUGAAGCCGUUAUUGAGCCGGUCGACAUCAAGAUCUCUGAGGCCAUCAUGACCAUGCAGGACAACAGCAUGCAAGUGUCAGCCAAGGUUUUUCAAGGGUGCGGCCAGCCAAAGCCAUCAGGAAUGGGCAGGUCUGCACGCGGCAUCUCGGAUGUGUUCAACGCUCGCUUCAGACCCUACACCCCUGAGGAAAGACCGACUACAGCAGCUGGAACAAGCCUGGAAAGACUGGUGAUUGACAUCAAAGAGAAGUUAAAGGAGUCCAGGAGGUUCUGGUCCAACCUUCCUGAUGACAUCUGUGCCAAGGGCAAGCUCACAGAGGCUGAUGAGGAUCAGUGCUGGAACAGCCACACGAAGGGCAGAUAUUUCCCUGAAGUGGUAAAGGAGGGUCUAACCAACCAGGUGAACAACCCAGAGGUGGACGUGGAUAUCACCAGACCUGACACACUGAUACGACAGCAGAUCAUGGCUCUACGUGUCAUGACCAACAAGCUAAAGAACGCCUACAAUGGAAAUGACAUCUACUUCCAGGACUCAAGUGACGAGGGCAGCAGUUCUGGCAGCGGCAGCGGAUGCUCUGACGGCUGCACAACAGAGUUUGUUUUUGUUGGAACAGAGGCUCCUGUGAUCGGAGCCGACAGGAGCGAUGAACGCGCAGCAGCAGCAGCCGCGGGCAAGUCACUUUCCCGAGGACCCUCCCUGCUGCUGGUGAUGGCCGCCCUCACACUCCCACUCUGGGCAACGCAGACUCAAAGGAGAUAAUACACAAGUGUGGCCUGAUCACUGACUCUUAUACUGUCAUGUACAGUAUGUUCAACAGCAAGUUCUACUGCUGUUCCCUCACUGGACAUGUAGAACCUCCUGGAAACCUGUCAAGAAUGGCUUACUGUGUGGUAUGGUAGGACUGGAAGUGAGUGCAGUGCUGCAUCCUGCUCGUCCCCCAAAGAAUGCUCGGUGCCAUCACUGAACCAGCUUUCACAUCUCUGAAAAAAAAAAAAAAAAGAAAAAAGAAAAUGUGGUGUUUUCUCAUUAUUCUAAAGUGGAUUUUAAAGAACACGCUUCUCUUUUAGAAAGUAAAAACCAUCCGAUCUGAUUUUUCAGAUAAAAGCAGAAAUUGUUUUUAUUUUUCUUUGUACGACGAGGUUGUGAAAAACGAGACGAUGCCCAUUUUGUCCUAUUAGUCUUUUCCCCCCUCAAACAAAAGGAGAAAGUCUUACUGUGUGUGCAUGCGUGGAAAUGAUGUUAACUGACAAAAAAAAUUUGUUGUUGUUUUUUUAUGCAGGCUACACAGUUUUGGAUUGGUUGGUACAGGAUUGUACAGUGCUAGCAGUUCACCUGG